AUGGGUCUCACUGGAAAGUCCCUCCAAAUGAGCCAGCUUCUGCUGGUCGUCUUACCCGCCUUCGUCCUUUUUGGAUACAACCAGUCUGGUGUCGGUGGUCUUCUGUCCCUGGCCGACUGGACCAAGCACUUCCCUGAGAUUGACACUGUUCACGCCAAGGGAGCCUUGAAGAGCGAACGCUCCACCAAGCAGGGUGCUGUCGUAGCUUCAUUCACCAUCGGUGCCCUCUUCGGUGCUCUGACCUGCACCUGGAUUGGUGACCGGCUCGGUCGCCGCAAGGUUAUCUUCAUCGGCGCCGUCUGUACUCUUAUCGGCGAGAUCCUGCAGUGCACAUCCUUCCAGCUUGCUCAGUUCGUCGUUGGUCGCUUCAUCCUCGGUUGGGGCGUUGGUCAGCUCUCUGCUACUGUCCCGGUCUGGCAGUCCGAGUGCUCAUCGUCCGCCAACCGUGGUAAGCAUGUUGUGCUCGACGGCUGCUUCAUCUCUCUUGGCUACCUCCUCGAGGCGUGGAUCAACCUCGGCUUCUACGAGCAGAGCAAUCUUCCUCUGCAGUGGCGCAUUCCCCUUGUCAUUCCCAUCGCCAUCUCCAUCAUCCCCAUGAUUGCUGUUUUUACCAUUCCGGAGUCCCCGCGUUGGCUUGUCAACAAGGGCCGCGUCGAGGAGGCGAGGAAGAGCUUGUCUGAAUUCAAGGGCCUCGAUCUGCACUCCCCCGAAAUCGCAUCUGAGAUUUGCGGUAUCGAGCUUGCUCUCGAGGAGACCAAGGGCAGCGCCGUCAAGGUCAGCGACAUCUUCACCAACGGCAAGGACAAGCUGUUCUACCGUUUCUCUCUCUGCAUCUUCCUGCAGUUCCUCCAGCAGAUGUGCGGUUCCAACCUGAUCUCCACCUACUCGACCAUCAUCUUCCAGCAGGGUCUCGGUCUGGACGGCGAGACAUCUCGCAUCCUGUCUGGCGGUGCGCUCACCUGGAAGUUCCUGUCCUGCUUCGUCGCCUUCUUCACCAUCGACCGCUUUGGUCGUCGCAAGCUGUUCAUGUUCUCUGGCGUCGGUAUGGCAUCGUGCAUGUUGGCUCUCGCCGUCGCCUCGUCGUAUCCCAAGUCCAACAAGCCCGCACAGAUCGCAUCGGCUCUAUUCGUCUUCCUCUUCAACUUCUUCAUCCCGAUUGGUUUCCUUGGCGCCAACUUCCUCUACUGCACUGAAGUCGCACCCACGCGCCUCCGCGUGCCCAUGGCCGGUAUCUCGACCGCGAACCACUGGCUGUGGAACUUUGUCGUCAACAUGGCGACGCCUGUCGCCAUUGAGACGAUUGGCUGGAAGUACUACCUCGUCUUCCUCAUCAUCUCAGCCAUCAUUGUGCCGAUCGUGUUCCUCUUCUACCCCGAGACGAUGGGCCGUUCGCUCGAGGAGCUCGAGAUGAUGUUCAGCAGCGGUCGCAGCAUUACGGGUAUUGUGCGCGAGUCCAGGAGGCCGUUGACUGGCGGGUUUGCGAGCGACGCCAGUUCGAUUGAGAAGGCGCACGAGAAGAACAUCGACGAGAUCGAAUCGAUUAAGGCUUGA